GUAUACCACACUCAGUCGGCACAAUUUGAAGCUUUAAAAUGCCAGGACGUGUUGUGUUAGGUUUAUAUAGUUGGGUGCAAGCUUACCUAGAUUCAUCUUUGUGCGCCCUCUAGAUGACAAAGAUCCCUGUGAUGUGCCUGGUAGUUUCCGUCUGGGUUACAGUGGCCAUUCUAGCCUGCGGCCCCAGCGACGUCCUGGUGCAGCCCUGCAGACUCGCCUACUGGAACACGCGCAACGGUGUCGUCCACACUGCUUGCCAGCCACGUAAUCGCAACUGCACUAUCCUCAUGCGGGGUCUGUCGAACCACGAGAAGAAGGACUUUCUGCGGCGCCACAACAAACUACGUAGCCUUGUAGCCAUGGGCCGGCUCAGGGGCUACAAGCCUGCGGCGAACAUGUACGAACUGGUCUGGGACGAUGAAUUGGCCGAAGUGGCGCAGGCGUUGGCCGACCAAUGUGGUGACAUGAUGCACGACAGAGCGGAUGCCAGAUUCACCCGUCGUUUCCGGCUCACCGGCCAAAACUUAGCAUCGGAGCGGCGCUCGAAUGACGUUCGGAAGAUGGGCGGCCUCCGUUUUGUGGACACGUGGUUUCAGGAGCACCGCGAUUAUCCGCCCUACCAAGUGAAGCAUUUCGAGCCGAGUUUCGGCCCGCGGCCCACCGGCCACUUUACUCAGGUGAUAUGGGCGGAAACCCAGUACCUUGGCUGUGGGUUUACCAUGUUUCGCAUGAAAGGAGACUUGAGCGUUAUGCCAUACCAAAAGCACUACGUCUGCAAUUACGCCGAUAGCGGCAACAUCAAAGGCAGGCCUGUCUACACGGAGGGCCCCACGUGCAGCCGCUGCCCGACUGGAUCGCGCUGCGUCAAGCGGACCGGACUGUGCAGGGCGCGCAAGAGGAGCCGGCGCGUCCGCGGCCGACAGAGAGGUCAGCCAGGCGGCCGCCCACGGAACAGCGGGCUGGCCGCACGGGACGGUGCCGCUCGUCGCACAGGGCAACAGCGCAGUGCGAAGUGUGUUGCGCAAGCCGGUCGCAAGUGCUGAGUGCGGCGAGUCACUUCGCGGAAAACCACGUUUCGAGGAAGGAAUAAAAGAGAGCCAUGUGAUGUGGCCGUGUUGCACAUGUGUUUGUUG